GACCAUAUCUCUGAGCAGAAGGCUGGAGCGCAGAUACUGUACCCUGCCCGCUCAAUAAUUUGCCUCGCUAUGGAUUGUGGGAGUUACAGACAGUCUCUGCCCAGACUUGUUCCCGGGGGCUGACGGAACAGUAGACAUAUUGCUGCGCUCUAUUCGCAGAUCUUCAGACUGGCUGCAGCUGCACCAUGUCCAGCCGCGGAGGAAAAAAGAAGACCACCAAGACGUCCCGGUCCACCAAGGCCGGCGUGAUCUUCCCUGUGGGCAGGAUGCUGCGGUACAUUAAGAAGGGGCUGCCCAAGUACCGGAUCGGCGUGGGGGCGCCUGUCUACAUGGCCGCUGUCCUGGAAUACCUGACCGCUGAAAUCUUGGAGCUGGCUGGGAACGCCGCCCGGGACAACAAGAAGGGCCGGGUCACCCCGAGACACAUCCUGCUGGCCAUCGCCAACGACGAGGAGCUCAAUCAGCUGCUGAAGGGCGUGACCAUCGCGGCCGGGGGGGUCUUGCCCAACAUCCACCCCGAGCUGCUGGCCAAGAAGAGGGGCAGCAAGGGGAAGCUGGAGGCCAUCAUCACCCCCCCGCCCGCCAAGAAGUCCAAGACAUCCGUCGCCAAGAAGUCUGCGGCCAAGAGGGGCGGGGGCAAGAAGGGGGCUGGGAAGGCCAAGAAGAAGCAGGGAGAGGUUAGCAAGGCCGCUACCGCCGACAGCACGACCGAGGGCACCCCGGCGGACGGGUUCACCGUCCUCUCCACAAAGAGCCUCUUCCUGGGGCAGAAGCUCAACCUCAUUCACAGCGAAAUCAGUAACUUGGCGGGAUUUGACGUGGAGGGUGUAAUCAACCCCACCAAUGCCGACAUUGACCUUAAAGAUGACCUAGGCAGCGCUCUGGAGAAGAGGGGGGGGAAGGAGUUUGGAGAGGCCGUGCAGGAGCUGCGCAAGAAGAACGGGCCCCUGGACAUCGCCGGAGGUAGGGCUGCUGUGAUUGGACAGGGGGGCAGGGGGGCGGGGUUUGUGUGCAGUGGAAAACCUGGCCCGGGCGGGGGAUCACAGGGCCCAUCGGUAUCUGGGUCACGCCGCGUGGGCGUGGGCCGAACCCGCGGCGGGACUACGUCUCGCUCCGUCUCGCUCCCGAGAAGCCUUCCGCACGACGUCACGGAGAGCGCCGCCCACGCCGUUUCUGCGGGAGUUAUUCCGGAAUUUUCUGAGGUUCCGGAAUCCUGA